AGAGAGAGCGGCACACACCAUGGACAAGUAUUCCUUUUCUUGUCCUAUCCGCCGUCGUGUAGGCUUGGAAUUGCGGGCUGGUGGCAACCACAUGCAUGCCGCGUUACAAGGAAUCAGAGAGAGAGAGAGAGAUCCUCGUGCUAUCUAUUUACGUCGGUCCUAUAGGUUGUGUCUCAUCCCUGUGAAUGCUCUCGUUGCGGAGAGAAAAGUUGGCGACUUGUCUAAAGGAGAUUAGAAGGAAAGGAAGGAUGUCAGGAGAAGCGAUCUCAAAGGCCUUCGGAUCGAUGCAACCGUGUCUGGACUCCAAUCCUCCUGCGGCAAAGAAGAAGAGGAAUCUUCCGGGAACACCAGAUCCUGAAGCUGAGGUGAUCGCCUUGUCGCCGAAGACGCUCUUGGCCACCAACCGGUUCGUGUGCGAGAUAUGUGGGAAGGGCUUCCAACGCGACCAGAAUCUCCAGCUCCACCGCCGCGGCCACAACCUGCCAUGGAAGCUGAGGCAGAGGAGCAGCAAGGAGCCGAGGAAGCGGGUCUACGUGUGCCCCGAGCCCACCUGCAUCCACCACAACCCUGCGAGGGCGCUCGGGGAUCUGACGGGCAUCAAGAAGCACUUCUGCAGGAAGCACGGCGAGAAGAAGUGGAAGUGCGACAAGUGCUCGAAGCGCUACGCGGUGCAGUCGGACUGGAAGGCGCACUCCAAGACCUGCGGCACCAGGGAGUACCGAUGCGAUUGCGGCACCCUUUUCUCCAGAAGAGACAGCUUCAUCACUCACAGAGCUUUCUGCGAUGCCUUGGCCCAAGAAACCGCGAGAGUUACAGCAGCCUUCAACAACGUGGAGUCUAACAUGCUGCAGCAGUUCCCAAUGUCCCAUAUCAAGCCCAGCGUCGUCCAUGGCGAAGCCGACCAAGAGGUCAAGCAGCGGCUUGCGUUGUGGAUGGGACAUGGAUCUCGGACCAAUGAUCCCUUAGAUAAUAACACUGUCUUCGGUGACAUGCAUCAAGUCGGCCCCGUGAGCGCUGCUGCAACCUUGUAUGGUGAUCUCCUCAACUCGUCCUCCAACCUGCACCAACUGGAUCAAAGCCAGUUGAGUUGGGUUUACAGCGAAAAGCUCCCAUCAUCAUCGAACAUGGGAGCCAUAACAAGUGCCUCGUUACCAGCUACAAGCACAGUGACGGAAGCUGAGACCUCGCAGCCUCUUCUCGGAAGCCUGCCUGCGUUGUUUAGCUCUCAACAGCGUCAUCUGAUAGCAGUAUCGGAUACAUCUGCCACAGCGUUGUUGCAGAAAGCUGCGCAGAUUGGUGUGACUUCCAGUAUCCCAUUCACAGGGAGCUUCGAGUCACCGAAGGGCCAAAAUGCCAACGUCCGCGACAGAUUUGAUGGACUAUUCAGUUCAAGGAGCCAACCAAGCAACCUCGAGAACAUUGUGCCUAAUUUUGCAGUGUCGAACACGUUUGAUGUGUACGCUGCAAGGCACGGAAGCCCGCGGAGGGAUGAUAUUGGAGGCGAGACGAGAGAUUUCUUAGGUGUGGGGGUGCACACACUGUCCCAGCCAUCGAUUAAUGGAUGGAUCUGAUAUGAUCAUGAGCAUAUAUGCACGCGAAUCUGUUCGGGGGAGGGGGUGGGCAGGAAAGAACAAAAGUUAGAGAGGGAAACCCUUGAGAUGUUUCCUGAGGGAGCAUGAAAGGUGGUAAGGUAAUGUGUGCUUUAUGGGAGUUGGAGGAUGUGUGUAGAGAGAAAAAGGUGGUAAAGUAAUGUGAGCUUUAUGGGGAGUUGGAGAUGUGUGUGUAGAGAGAAGCAGUGAUUGUUCGAAGUGGUAGGAGAUCCUUGCAUAUUCUUAUGGACCCUAAAGUCACUCCAUGAGAUGCUGCUGCUUUUGUUUUGGAAAGAAAGUGGGCAACCAGCGCCUCCUUUUUA